AUAAUCAUAUUUUCAAUGAAUUAUUUGUCAAAUGAAGAAAAAAUUGUCGACUGUCUCAUACGAAUAGAGUUCAAUCGGAUAUCACAUGAAUUGCUAUUCUCUCUAAAAGUAUCAGACCGUAGGAAUCUACAAGCUAUGGAGCCGCACAAGCCCCUGAAGCUAAAAAUUAAGCUACCGACCCGGGUGCAGCCCGAGGUGAUGCCAGAGCCGGGCGAAGCUGGGCUUUACACCAAUAAGAUUCAUUACUUGAGGAAAUAUCUGCUGGACGAGCUGGUGGCGAAGAAGUUCGCCAUGGACUUCAUGGAGCCCGUGGACACGGCGGCACUGCAAGUACCCAAUUACUACACCAUCAUAAAGCGGCCCAUGGACGUGGGCACGAUCAUCAAGCGGGUGCAAAACCGUUACUAUCAUCGGGUGGAUGAUCUGAUCUGUGACUUCCGAUUGGUCAUCAGCAACUGCUUCACGUUCAAUCGGCCGGGCGAUGUGGUCUAUCGGAAUUGCCAGAAACUGGAGAAGUUCUUUCAUCGGGUGCUCAAUAAAAUGCCCAAGGGCGAGGAGAAGCCCAGCACCAAGGAUCCGCGAUCGUCGGGCAGGCAGCAUGGCUACGAGAAGGCCUCGGAUGUCGUACAGCGUCAGUGCCAGGAGCAUCUGGAAAAGCUGCAGACGGCCAUCGCCAAGGAGGACGACCCGACCAUUUGUAAAUAUUUUAACGCAAAGCUGGAGUAUUUGUCCCAAAAAGUAGACAGGUUUUACUUCAAGACCAUCGAGGAGUUCCGCUUCGAAGUGACCGGCAUCUUCAAGAAUUUCGACAAUCAGAUUAAGCUGUUCCACGAACUGUUUCACAAGACCUGCGACCAGGAGCCGCACCAGCGCUACUCGAACUGCCAUUGGUCCCACGAGCUGGAAAGUAAGAAGCCACUGGAAGAGCAGGAUUCAAAUGUCAAGCUGGACAAGAGGGACAUAACUGAGGUUCUGUUUGCACUCAAGCGGGCAGAGAGCAGCGUAGAGCAUUGUCUGAAGUCCUAUUCCCGGGAGAAGGAGAGCCGCGCCAGAGGCUUAAUCGAUGCUUUCGAUGCCACAGCCAACAGGCUGAAGCAGAAGCUAAUGAAGGGGCGCAGGGUCGAAAUGAAUAGGGAUGAGAGGAGAAAGGAACAGAUGAAAUACUAUACGCACAUGCAGGAGCAACGCGAAACGCAGGAGUCGAUCGCACAAGAGGAAGAGAACUCGCCCGAAAGAGACGAGCUACCAGAGCAGGCCAACUCCUCCGAAGAAGAGCACUACGAAACGCAGGCCGAGGAAAGUAACCAAUCCAAUUUACCAGAAACAAACGAUGUCGAAUACGAGAACUGCCAGCCGCAUUUAGAAACAGAUGAGCCGAUCUCCAAUGCGCAGAUUAGCGCAUCGGACUUGCCAAUGGAAACCUGGCAGAUGUCUGACACUGAAGCGCCGCCCACGUGCCCGUGGCCGGAACAGGCCGAAAUCAAUCUCUGCGAUGAUGCGCACAUGGCGGAGCAACCGGAGCAGCUGGACGAGGCAGCAGCUGCAAUCCCGGCAGACUCAACGCUCUGGACCGACUUGCAGCUGAGCAGCAGCGACGACAGCGACGAAUCCGAAUCAUCGUAAUCCCCUUCGCGUUUGUAUUUUAAAUAAUCUGUAUAUAUAUAUAUAUAUAUAUAAUAUAUGUGUUCAUGCAUAAGUAACAUUUA